UUUGGUCUCAAAGAACAUAGGCAAAAUGACAGAAGAAGAUCGCAAACGUACAUUGGUAAUGGAGAAGCUGAAGAACUCUGUGUUGUUUCGACUUAAAGCAUUGAACCCUUCCGCUUCCAUCAACUCUACCCAUGCUUCCUUUAUUCAAGAUCGUCUUCAACAUGUUUUCAAAUCCUUUCACACCCCCACACACCCCCCUUAUGCUCAGAUGAUAAAAAGAGCAAUAAUGGAGUUAAAGGAGGAAAGUGGGUCAACUGAGGAGGCAAUUUCAGAGUUUAUUAGAAGGGAGUAUGAGGAUCUGCCUUUGGCCCAUGGGACGGUUCUUAAUGUUCAUUUAAGGAAGCUUUGCCUCGACGGGAUUCUUGUGUGUAAAGAGACUGGGAGGUAUGUGCUUCUUGUUGAUUGUGAUAAUGAGAAGGAUAACCCUAACCAAAGGAGAAAGAGAAAUGGCUUGCACAUUGAAUGAAUAGCGGAAGAACAACAAGUACUUGACUUAUGAUUAGAUCAAGUACACAAGGAUGAAUUUGAUGGAAGCAAAGCUUAGGGCUUCCGUGGUUACUUUGGAUCCUUGAAAUGAUAAUGUGACAUCAGGACAUAGAGUUAUUAUUUUGCAUUUUAUAAUUGUAGUGAAUUCUAUUUAUGAUGAUUUCAUUUCUAUUGGAGUUUGUGUAAACAAGUGG